GAUUUAAAGACAUAUUAACUCGGAGAACAAAAGUAGCUAGCAAUUGUUUGAACAUCACUUUUAGAAGAUGGCUUACACAAGAACACUUUUAUGCUUUAUUUUUGUUGCAAUUUCUAUGGCCUCAAUUUCUGAGGCCAGAAAACGCAACACAACUAAUAUUCAAUUCUACAUGCACGACACACCUGGUGGACCCAACCCCUCAGCGGUCCGUGUCGCGGGUCAAGCCACAAAUGCCACAGACAUGGGUAUGUUUGGGUUUGGUUCCAUUUAUGUCAUGGACAAUGCCCUUACUACCACUCCUGAUUUGAACUCGACCCUUAUUGGUCGAGCCCAGGGGCUCUAUGCCAUGUCAUCAUCUCAAGAAAACGACAUAAGUCUCCUCAUGACCCUCACGUAUAACUUCGUAUCGGGCAUCUACAAUGGUAGCUCGCUUAGCAUUGUGGGUCGGAACCCUGUGAUGAAUGAAGUUAGGGAGAUGCCCGUGGUAGGAGGAACCGGAAUUUUCCGCCUUGCUCGUGGUUUUGCUCUAGCAAAGACAUAUUCGAUGAAUCAAGCAGAUGCUAUUAUAGGAUACAAUGUCACCAUAAUACAUUAUUAUUAGAUAAUACGUACUUAAUUUUGAGAUUGAGACAUGCCAUUUUGUUGUUUUAUUUAGAGAGAUGCGAUGAUAAUUUUUUGUCUAUAUAUAAAAUAUAAAAAUAAAAAUGUUGAUCCACCA